UCAGACCACACAAGAUCUGAGUAUUGUAAUCAUGGGAGCUGCAGAAAGCAAGCUUGCUUUUCGAAAGAAUGUAUUCGCCUUGUAUGAGCACCAGGCAAUCCCACAAGAUAACCAAGCCUUCUGGGACUCAUUCUUAGAGCUGCCUGACACUCCGGAAAAUGUGUUUAAUCUCAUAUCUCCCAAAGAUGUGCGCAAGAUCAUCCAAGAGCAUCCAGAGAAUAUCAAAAUGCUUGUUCAAAAGGUUUCUGCUCAUAUUUUAGGAUUCAGCCAACUUACCAGUCGUCCUCAGCCCAAAGACAUCAAAGAGGUUUUAAAUGCCGUCCGGAUCUUGACAAGACUAUUGCCAUUUAUUUUUGAAUUGGAUGAUGGUGGUGUGCUUGAGUCUAGUAUGUUUUGGGACAACGAGAUCAAAGAGUCUGUUCCUCAAUCUACUGCCGAAGCCAAGGAUGGUGGUAUACCUACGCUUGGCAGUCGGCUUGCUAUUGCAGCAGUCCAGCUUCUGUUUUACCAAAAAUUCACGCUGCCAGAUCUAGAUACUGACUCGGAGAAUGUCAGAUUUUCUAUUUGGUUGAAAGGAGUGGGUGCUACAGAUUCGCUACCAACAUCAAGAGAUGAAAUUAUCCAUCGCAUCGAAGUGCUUCGACUAUUGUUCACAAUGAUGUCUUGUACUCUAUACUGUAAACCAAAUCAACUCAUUGAGAAUGAGAACAAAUGGACAAAUGUGGUUAUUUCAAAAUUGGAAAAAAAACAUGCUCUGUGCCUUUUGUGUUCACUUCUCAACACGAUUACAACCUAUGAUCCUAUUGGUUGGGCAGCUCUACCCUAUAAUUAUCUUUUUUUUGGAGACGUUCAGGAACCUUUUGUUUCUAUUUGCACUCAAACUCUCACUGCUCUGCUAGACUAUAAAUCUUGGGAGUCCUCUACUACAAAGCAUGCACGUGCAGAAAGGCGAGCGGGCAAAGCUUAUUUACCAGGGUCGACCAAGAAGAUUUCCAUAACUACAGAACUUUUGACUCUUUUAUGGGGAUUCUUACGGCACCUUGUUGGAUCCGCUCAUUUGCUUAUCAUCAUGGAAGCUUUGCUUGGCGUAUGCUUAGAAGUACGGAGAGAGCCUGCUCGUGCAGGAUCAUUAAGACUGGCCUGUUUUAUCUUACAUAUUCUCUCACAAGAACGUGGAUUUGGAGUGUCGUUGAAUGAGCCUUUUGAUAUGGCCACUGUCGGCUCACUUUCCAGACACUUUCCCGUUUUUUCUCAGGGCUGCUGGGGUGAUUUUUUGUUUUUGUCGGUAUAUGUCAUCUUGUCUACUACUGGACCUAUGCGUCCAGUGAUUUUAAGCCUUCAAGAACCACUGCUAGUUGUACUUGCAAAUUCAUCACCACUUGUAAAAUGUCUUACAGCAACAACUGCCAAUAAGCUUAUUUCACUUUUUGAUGUAUUUUCGAGUCCAGCAUUUUUGCUUUCCAAGGAGCACAACUACCGACUACUCUAUUAUCUCCUUGACAUUUUCAACAAUAUUAUUCAAUAUCAAUUUGCAGGCAAUGCACAGUUGAUUUACUCGUUGGUGCGUCAUAAGGAUAAGAUCAAUAGUCUGUAUCAAAUGUCAUUGAAGAGUGCGAUUAGCGAGAUUGAGCGGAUGCGACUUGCCGACUCGAAGCGUCUGGAUGGAAAAUCUCAAACUUUGACUGCUACUGAGUCUACCUUGCUACAGGAUACGGAAACCAACACACCACAAGAGCCUGCUGAUGUGAUAGCAUCUACUGAAACUGUAAAAAAUGAGGAUCCAGUUCAGGAUCAGGAAAAGUCGGAACUUUCUGAAAAGGCAAAAGGCAAGCUUCCAGAUCGGUCUGAGAUAGCUGACAAGGAAAGCAAAGUUGUACCUGUUACCAGUACAGACUUGCCAUUAACUGAGGAGCCAACCACUCCAGUUUUUCGAUCCAAAUGUGGAUUUAAGCCAACCGAAGAAUGGUUUCAUUCAUGGCGCUCGCAGCUGCCCUUAUUGGUACUUUUGUCACUUUCCGACUAUCUUCGACCACGCAUUGAGCAGUUUUGUGUUGAUAAUGGGCUUAACGAUGACCGCAAAGUAGUCGAAUUUUUGUCCAAGGAGACUGUUGUUGGUGUCCUUCCUCAACCACACUUGAUCAUGAUGCGCUCGUUUACUUAUUCUGACCCGAUGCAUGUAUGGUUUACAAGCUAUUUUUGGGGUACGGUAUAUCUGAAAGCGACAGAGACAAUGAGUGCAGAGACUGCCAAAAUAUGUCCUCCUAUUUGGCUUGGAACAGCGAUUCAACUGUUUCAUGUUCGAGUGAAUGCUUCUAAAUAAGUUGAAGUAUUCGAGUAGUUUAAGAAUGUCGAAAGCAGUUUUAUCGAAAUGAAUUUGGAGCGUUACAUAAAAACUAUAUUUGAUUAAUUG